AUGAGGAUUGAUGAGAAUGUAGAAGAUAUUGUAGAAGAUUUAGAAAUAAGGAAAUAUUACGAGAAUAUUCGACAAGGUGCUAGGGCGAAAAUCGCGAAAAGCAAAACUGCAUACGAUAGCGAUCUUGAAGAGGAACUAGAUACAUCGUUAACAAAGAAGAAAGUUGGUGUUAUCAAUGCGUACGAAUUGGAACGAGUGAAAAUAGAGGGUAAAAUCUACGAGCUGGACAAGCUAGACGAGGAGUACAAACCUUCAACAUUGGAUAAUAGUCAACGUAAUGCGCUUAUUAAAGCGAUCACCAACGAAAUUGCUAUCAUCCAGGGCCCUCCUGGAACAGGAAAAACUUUCAUUGGAGCUGAAAUUGCUAGUGUAAUACUUCAAAAUCGAUCACGUUGGGGGAUUACGGAGCCAAUGUUGGUCAUUGCUUUCACGAAUAGUGCUGUCGAUCAGUUUGUUGAAAAUACGCAAGCGAUUGAGCUCAAAGCGCAGGAAUUAGAAGAAGAGUUUAAAAAACAACAACGAAAUGGCUGCACGGAAAAAGGUUACCCUGCUAUUCAUGUGUUCGGACCUUAUCAAAAGCAAUGCAUCACUUCACUGCAAUCCGCACCAGCUGGGACGACAGUUCAUCGAUUGGUGUCGUUGACAAGGGAACGAAUUGCGUUCAAGGUCGAAAUCAGUGAAAAAUCAAGACAUUACGUGGUGUAUCCGAUAGAAGGAUUCAUCGACAGUGGAGAAAUGGUCAGGCUGACAGUCAGGCCGACCACAAAUAAAUUUACUCCUGCUAACCUCGUGAUCAGAUGGGCAGAGACUGACGACGACGUUGUUGAUGUGCUGAUGGCAUUGAGAGGGAAUGGCCGAGCCGGUCAGAUAAUUCAUCCUUUGAAUCCGAGGAACCACUGUGAUGAAGUGCGAUAUCCGUCUGCUUUAUUGAAAGUCGAUGACGAUGAGUGGGCGGAUGCACGAAGAUCGUGGUUAUUAGUAAAAUUUGGCUAUGCAACUGUUGCGAUAAGGGACGAAAACGUGAUAUGGAAAGCUGUUUCGAAAAUCACUGAAGAGCUGAGUUCCAAUCACAUUUUUCUUGAAGAUAGACCACUAUUCUGCAGUCUUUCAUGCCUUAGCGAGAAACAGAUUGUGAAUGAUAUCUGGAAUCAUCUCCAAGCAGCGAAACCGGGUAGCUAUCCGGUUCUUUUACUUAUUGAUGACUAUCAUGGCAGAUUUACCAACCUUAUAAAACACCAUUUCUCAAAACACAUGUAUAUUUUUCAACUGAGCGGCGAAGAAGUGGUUGAUAUCGCUGCAAGUUCCGAGGAGAGACCGUUCGUGGAGUUGAGUGGGUGGUGCCGAGAGUUCACCUCGCUCGUAAUGCAGUCUGAAGAAGAGAAAUUGCAAUCAUCUAACUUUUCUUCGAAUCUAGGCGGUGCAUAUUUUCCCAACGAAGAGCCUCCAGAUCGAGAUCUCAUGCGUGACGAUCAACAGCGCGAUUCAUACGGUACACAUGGGAGACCUCCGGACAAUCCACAUCAUAUUUAUGAAGAAGUCCCAAAUGGUCGGCACCGACCUCAUGGAGAAUAUCAAGAUGAUCGGUAUACCUAUAGUCAGAAGUGGGAGGAGCAGAGCAGCACUCAUGAAGAAAAUCUGAGACAAUCUCGACAAGGCUCACAUGAAACGUCCCCAGACGACUCUCGUUACGCAUCUUGGGACAAUCACAGCAAUUUGGACUAUGUCUGGAGUGAAACGUCCAGCGAAGAAAUUGAUGACUGUGGAUCUUCUGAUAGUACGAAGAUAGCCACUUCUCACGAUAUAGAAUUAGCAUUGGUCUACGCGAGAGAUAAUCGUUCAGACGGAAAUAUCUCAUUAUACCUCGCUGCCCCUUCUUUUUUCAAUCGGAUAACAUCGCCGUUUCGUGAUAUGGUUCCAAAUAUCAAGUUAAUGCAACUCGUCAAUAUUGCAUGUUCUACCGGAAGUGAUUUGCCCGAAGUUUACAAUGCCUCUCGUCGUAUUAUUCAGUCUAUAGUUUCGUCAAGAUACAUCCAGAAUGUUUGCGACUGGUUCGGCUAUCCUGCCACUGAAGAUCCCCGUACUUGGAACAAUGAGCUAUGUGACUUUCUUGUAUCUAUCAUGACUCUCUUCUCAACUAUUGAUAAUUACGGGUGUUAUGGGAAAGAAACAUGUACUGCAUGGAAAACCUACUACAGUGUUCUUACUGCGCUUCCAGAAGUGUUUUGGAGUGAAAUGCCCGCACGCAAUUGGCUGGAAGAAAUGGCCGUGUCUUUAAAAGUGAGAUUUAGCUGUAAGCUGUACUUAUAA